AUGGACCCACGCUCGAUGGGGAUGGCGGGCGGCAUGUCCAUGCCCAUGUCCAUGGGAAUGGCCGGCGGCAACCCGCAGUCUAUGGCCAUGAACAUGUACGGCCAGCCACCGCCGCCGCAGCCACCGCCGCCUCAGCAGCAGCAAAUGAUGAUGAACUCAAUGGGCCAGCAGCAGAACCCCAUGGCCAUGAACCCGAUGAACCCCGCGGCUGUCGUGAGUAGCAGCUCAGCGGGCGCUGAUUGGCGCAUCCAGCUGACCCGAGAACAUCGCGCCAAUCUCAUUGCCAAGAUCUACAAUGAGAUGGUGCGCGUGUCGGCCGAUCCUGUGCCAGGGAUCAAGCUCUGGAUGAACGUGUCGUGGUACGAGCUGUCGCUGUACAAGGAGUCGCCGACGCAGGAGUUUUACAUUAACAAGAUCUUCACGCGACUCAAGUCGCUGCGGGCGCAGCAGUCGGACAUGAACGCUGCCAUGGCGGCUCAGGGACUGCCGAAUCAGGGCAUGCUCUCGAGGCUGGACUUCUCGUACUAUAACACACUCAAUCUAAGCCAUCGAGAUGUUAACGGCGGUGCUGUGAGCAGCUACCCCGGUCAAAGUCAGUUCAAUACACCUGGUCCUCAUCCAGGAGCUCAGCAGCAGCAGCAACAACAGCAGCAACAACAACAACAGCAGCAGCAACAACAACAGCAGCCGCCGCAGGGGCACGACAAACCGAUGUCUGCGACGACAAAUACACCGGUAAAAACGGACUCGAGUAUGACGCCAAGUACAGCGGCUGAGUACUGGCAGCAACAUGCGGCGUUACGAGCAAAGCACCAAGGUGAUGUGGAGAAGGUGCAUAGUGCAUUUAAGAAGUACGUGGAUCACAUGAAGGGUCAUGACGAGACCGAGCAGAAGAAGAAACUACGAUAUCUCUUGAGCUAUGUGGAGCUUUGCGCGAGCAUCUUGAACGAGAAUAAGACGACUCACCCGGCACGAAAGAUUGAAGAGCUGGACAAAGUGUUCAAGUAUAUUGUGAAGAUCGUGAACCCGUAUCUGAAAAAGCUGCGGACCGAGACGGACAAGCGCACGUACCCAGCAAGUGAUAGCAGUGCUGGCCAGGCUAUCACAUCGUCCGAGCUGAGUGCCAGGACGUCUUCGGGCACAACCAUGAGCUCUGGAUCUGCCAUCCCGGACAGCAUUUUGACCAGCUUUGGCAGCGCAAUGACACAGCCACCGCCGUCCACUGGUCAGCCGCAGCAUCAAAGCACACCAACGCAGCAGUCUGCGAUGACGGUUCAGCAGAAGCAGCAACACUACAUGAUGCAACAGCGCGCCCAGCAGAUGCAGCAGCAGCAGCAACAGCAUAUGCAGGCCCAAGCGCGUCAGCAACAAAUGAUGCAGCAGCAGCAGCAGCAACAGAUGAUGCGUCAGCAGCAAAUGCAGCAGAAGGGACCGCGUCAGCAAGCACAGUUUUCUGCUCAACAGUCGAACCAAAUGAAGCAGCAGCAGCAGCAGCAGACCAGUCAGAACGCUGCUAAUCAACAGAGCGGACAGCAGACUCAGCAGCAGCUGGGUCAACACGGACUUUCACGGCUGCAGCCGGGAUCCCAGACUCCUGUACAGCAGCAGCAGCAGCAGAAGCCUCCGCAAGCUCAGCCUCCGCCGUCAAACCAGGACGGCUUGUCGUCACGUGGAGAGAGCACGUCGGUGAAUUCAGGUCUGACCUUGGGGCUGGACGACUCGCUUUACGGCAGCAUGGCCAGCGACUUGUUGCAGAUGCCGACGCCGUCAGGGGCUUCGUCAGGUGGUCUGAUGGAUUUUUCCAACGCGUUAUCACCCACGAGCUUUGGCGGCAUGGAUCUGCUCGAUUGGGACGACGGGGCGCCUGGCCAGGGCGCGUCUGGCCAAGGCAACGCCAGUGGAGACAGCGCGGACCUCAUGACUUUUGUCGAGACGUUGUAA